GCCACACUAGCUUAGUGUUAUCAUUUAAUUUCACAAUUAAUUUUCGGAAUAACUACUAUUAAAGCAUAAAGCAAUGCAGGCGCCCCCUCCAGAACACUGUCCUGGUGUGGACAGCGAGCAGGCGGGUAAAGGGAACGCUUGUGCCGGCUGUCCUAACCAAAGCAUCUGCAGUGACCCCAACAAGAAACUUGAGGAUCCCGGCAAGGCUUUGGUGGCCGAGUCUCUAAAAGAUGUGCGGAACAAACUGCUGAUAUUAUCCGGAAAAGGAGGAGUUGGCAAGAGUACGGUGACGAGUUUACUGACUCGCUACCUAGCUAGAAGUUGUCCGGACAGCAACUUUGGCGUUCUGGACAUUGAUAUUUGCGGUCCAUCCCAACCUCGUUUAAUGGGUGCCUUAGGUGAGAAUGUUCAUCAGUCUGGUUACGGCUGGUCACCCGUGGGAAUCGAUGACAAUGUGUGCCUAAUGUCGAUCGGGUUUCUUCUCGGCUCCGUGGAUGACGCCAUCAUUUGGCGCGGCCCCAAGAAGAAUGGCAUGAUUCGGCAGUUCCUAAGUGAAGUCGACUGGGGUAAUCUGGAUCUCCUAUUGCUUGACACACCGCCUGGUACUUCCGACGAACACUUAUCCGUCGUUACCUACCUAAAGGAUGACAAUAAACCAGACUCCUUGCGUGCAGUCGUAGUGACCACUCCUCAGGAGGUCGCCCUACUAGAUGUGCGUAAGGAGAUCAACUUUUGCAAAAAGCAAAACAUUCCCAUUGUGGGCGUGAUCGAAAAUAUGAGCAGUUUUCGUUGUGGAAAUUGUGGAAAUAGCUCAGAAAUUUUUCCAGCUAAAACCGGAGGAGCUGCUGCCAUGUGCGCCGAGAUGGGAAUUCCGAUGUUGGGCUCACUGCCUCUAGAUCCAGAGGUAGCCAAAGCUUGCGAUUCUGGCGUCGACAUAACGGAGAUUAAGAAUAGCACAACUCAGGCGCUUGAUGGGAUAUGUUCAAAGAUUAUGGCUAGUUUUAGAUAAGAAUAUAAAUGUUAAACCAUAAACUUUUUAAAUAAACAAGUUCUUUUAUGUAA